AUGCGGCCCCACCGCCACCAACGACAUCUGCUAACGGCGGCAGCCACGCUCUGCUGUCUGUUGGCCAUCAUCGUCCGGCCGGUCCUCUCGGAUGAGCCACCCUCACCCGCACCCACAACCGAGUCCACGGAGCCCCCCCAGAACUCCACGGAGCUGGCAGCCGAUUCCCCGGGCGACAACGGACCCAAGGAGCUUAAUAAGCAGGCAGCCGGCCAACUCAUCCGCGAGGUCAUCGAAGGCACCAGCCUGGCCAGCGGACUGCAGGAGGACCCAGAUCCGGAGAGGGAACUGGAGGCGUCAGCUACAGAGAAAGAAGACGAGUUCGUGGGAGUUCCAGGCUUUCUGCCCACAGUGCUGCCUCCGAGGGAUUCGGACAGUCCCACCAACGGGCAUGGCUACAUCCAGUUUGAGAUCAACGAUGAGCUGCCGGUGGAGGUGGCCCGUCGCCAGAGGCCCAUUCAGCAGACCGUGACUCGCUCGCGAACGGACACCGUCAACGAGGUGCUGUCCAAUCUGUUCCCCAAGGGAUUCUCCGACAUUUUCCGCUUCAGUGGGAACACGGAGGCAGCCACAUCCACCACGACGACCACAACCACCAAUAAGGCGGUGGUUCGACCCACAGUGGUGGAUGUGGUCAGCACCACCGAGGCGGCAACCACGGAGAAGCCAUCGGAGGCUCCAGCCCCGAAUGCCACCUACUACAGCUACCAGACCACCGUGACGAAGGAGUACCGACGGGAGUUGGGACCCGGACACACAGAGAUCGUGGUGGAGCAGAUCCGAGAUCCUGGAUUCCGGGACGGCAGCAACCACAUUUCGCGCGAUGAGCUCCUGCGGAUCAACCGGGCUGCCGUGGCUGCUCCUGUCCUGCCCAGUGUUCUCCUCCAACCGGAGGGCGAUGACAAUGAGACACUGGUGGCGGCCGAAAGUGCUCCCAUCGUGAUCCUGGGCGAACACGAGGUGGAGCUGGAGGAGGGCCAGGAGAUCGAUGACAACCAGAUUGCGGAGACGCGUCACGUGGGCAGAGAGGCGUACCAACAGCGAUUGCCAGCUCCGGCCUUCAAUGGCAUCGAGAGCUAUGCCAGCCAGAAGGGUCCUGGAAAGGAUCAGGAGAUCAAUGUGCACAUCGUGCAUGAUGAGACUCUUGGGAAGCCGCAGCAGGAGGAGGGAAAGGCACCUAAGGAGAUGGCUCAGUCACCACAACUCGCCUUGGAUCACUACCAGGCGCACAGUGAGCAGCGCUUCCAGCAGCAUCAUCCAAACCACGAGGCUCCUUCGCGCCAGUUCCUCAAGAGCUUCAAUCCCAUCGUCUCGGGCAGUGGCAACGGACCUCUUCCCAAGGGAAGCUUCCACUACGAGGUGCAGAGUCCUCCACAGCUGCCGAAUCCGCGGCCGCCGAAGGAGGAGAACUACGCCGGACAGUUUGUGAUUCCUGCUGCCCAGUUGGCCUACCAACAGGAGAUCAGCCAGGUGCAGAUUCCACAGGUGCAGAAGCAGCCGGAGCAGCAGGGGGAAUCCCUACACACCAAGGCCAUUUCCUCGCCAUCGCCGGAAUACUCCGGCUAUGCAGGACCCACUCCCGUUUCCGCCACUCCCAAUAGUCUGGUUUUCGUCACCCUGAACACGCCAACGCCUCCCCAUUCCUCGCCAGCUCCUGCAGCGGCGCAUGAUGAGCCAGGUGUCCAGAUCACCAUCAAUCACCCAGCUCCACACAGUUACGUGGCGGAGGCAGCUGCCGAACCCUCCCAGCAACACAUCCAACAUGCUCCCGCUCCCAAGAAGUCCACUCCCUACACCUUCGUCGAGGUGCAAAAGUCCGUGAACAUCCACAACAAACUGAUCACGGAGAAGGAUGGACGUCUCGUGGAGCAGCACGAGACCAUCUAUCCACAGCCCUAUCUGCAGAACCACCUGCCGCAGCCUGCUCCAUCUGAUCCGCCCAAGAACUAUGCAUCUCUGGCCAAGAAUCCCAUCCACGUGGAGUACGAUAGUUCGCCCCAAGAGGUGGCCAUCUCGCAUGCAGCCAUUCAUUUGGACACGGAUCACUCGGGACACUCUGCUCCUGGUCCCAUUUAUGCUCCUGUUCAUCAGGAGCAUCAGGUGCAACACCAUGAUAAUCAGGUGCACCACCAAGAUAAUCAGGUGCACCACCAGGAGAAUCAUGUGCAACAGAUUCAUCAAGAUCAUCAGGUGCUCCAUGAACCUCAGGUGGAUCACGAACCUCAGUUUCAUCUCGACCACAUAGAACACCACCAUGAGCACUCUCCUCCACAAUCGUAUCACGUGGAAAAAGCCGUGGACCACGACCACCAUGUGAAACAGGUGGUGGAGAAGCACAUACCCAUUCCCUAUGCAGUUCCACAACCUGUACCCGUUCCUGUCCACGUGGAGCACUACGUGGAUCGUCCCUAUCCCGUGGAGACGAUUGUGGAGCACCCUGUUCCAUAUCCCGUGGAGAGGGUGGUGGAAAAGAUCGUGGAGAAGCACAUUCCAGUGGAAGUGGAGCGUAUUGUGGAGAAGCCUGUGCAUGUGGAGAAGAUUGUGGAGAAGUUCGUGGAUCGUCCGAUGGCCAUUCCGAUUCAUGUGCCCGUGGCCAUACACAUGCCCAUGCCGCCGGGUCACUCCUCCCUGGCAUUCGCCCACCAUGGCCAUCCCAAUGCCCUGACUCCAUGGGGACAUUCCGUGGCCCAAAUUCCGCCGAAGGUGCUGCAGAACUACUACACACGAAUGCUGAAGAAGCUGCUGCCCCAACUGACGGCCAAGACACCAGCUGUCCAAUCCCCCAAGGCGGUCAAGUUGAGCAAGCCGGUGGCAGCCAUUAAACAACCAUUGAAACCCGUGAGGGGAGAGGCGCCCAAGGUCGCCACCUUCAGUUUGGCGGACAUGAAGUUCGACCUUCGCCCGCCGCCUCCGCCGCAGGGUUCGCCUUGGCUGCAGGGUGCCCGCUACAUCUACAACACCCUGCCCGUCGACCUGGCCACCGCCGCCGCCUCCUCCACUCCCGUCCAGAUGGUCAAGUCCUAUGUGGGCCCAGUUCCAGCCACGAGCUCCUCCAUUUCCGGUUCUGGGGAUUCCCCGCUGACCAACGAGUUCGAUGAGUUCCAGCGGUGGCGCAACGGACACUCCCUGAAACGCAGUCCCGACUUCGGACGCAAUCUUCAACUGGAGUACGGAUUCAAGCCCCCCUUGGUGCCCUCAAUGGAAAUCGACGACAAGGGGAACCCCCUCAAGCAGGCGGAACAAUCGGAGACGCAGUGA